AUGGCGCAGCCCUACCCGCUAGAUCUUAAGGUUCCCGGGGAGAAGAGCUACGAUGGUCGGACGGACCCCGAGGUCGACGUCAAUGAGUUUUACGGCAACAUGAUCUUCAAGGGCAUGUCAGACGCCGUAAUGUGCCGUGCUUUUUACUCUACGCUCACCGGUCGGGCGGCAAAGUGGUUCCGAACUCUGCAGCCGGGGUCUAUUGCUAAUUUUGCGGCCCUAUCUACUCAGUUCGUGAGAAAAUUUGUUACCUCCAGGGUGGCCAAGAAGUCAUAUAUGUACCUGGAGAAGGCAAGGCAGCUGGAUGGAGAGAGUUUGACCGAUUUUUUAGUCAAGUGGAAGGCAGCAGUCCUGGAGGUGGAGCCUAUGGAUGAUCUUACUGCAGUUCACAUGCUCCAUAUUGCUCUCCGUGCUGGGUACCUCUACCAGGACUUUAUUCUCCAUCCCCCAGCCACAUACGAGGAGGCCCUCCGAAGGGUCACGGAUUACGCUAAUGCUGGUGAGGCCAACGCUGUGAAGCGUUCGCAGGAGGUCGGGACAUCGUCCCGUAAACCGGCCGGCUGGGCGGAUCAUCGAUCGGGUGAUGAUCAUCCCCGAUCCCACACCAGGCCUGGUGAGUUUACGGCGCUCAACCGAUCCGCCGCAGAAGCAAUGCAGUACGCCCAGUCCUGCAAUUUAAUCAAACUCCCCCAUCCCGGGCAAGAUGGUCCAGAUAAGACUAAACAUUGUGCUUACCAUCGUUGCGCCGGCCAUGACACUGAAGAGUGUACCCACUUGCGACAGUUGCUAAAAGACUUGCUUAGCCUCGGCAAGUUAGACAAGUGUGUGGGGAAGAGAGAGGAGGCCAAGAAGAACACAGAUCGGAGGGACAAUUGUCGUUCCCAUCAUCGCUCCGAUUGA